AUGCUGGAUAAGUUGGAAGAUGAUCAAUUUGCGCAUCAGCGGUCGAUAAAUGCUUAUUACCCUUUCACUGACCAAGGUGAAUGGGAAUUAGGGAAAUUCUUGGUCAAAAACCUUAUGCAAACCCAAAUUACAAAGUUCUUGAAGUUGAAAUGGUUUGACGCUCCGAAUCGUGCAAGACCAUCUUUUACCACAAAGGAUCACCUCCUAGACUGGAUGGACUCGCUCCCUUCUUUUACCCCAUGGAAAGUCUCCAAGUUAGAGUUCAAAGGCUAUAAGACUGUCCAUCCCGUGGAGCUCGUUUGGCGUGAUGCACUGCAGGUCGUCCAGCAACUCUUUAGCGACCCAAUGUUUGCUAACCACAUGACCUUUAACCCCUACGUUGCCAACGUCAAAAAUCAGCGCGAAUACGGGGAUUACAUGAGUGCCGAUAUGGCAUGGAAAAUCCAGGACUAUCACCCAUUGGGUGCGACUCAAGUCCCAAUUAUCUUGGGAUCGGAUAAAACUCCUGUGACGCGACUUGCCAGGGGAAUCGAGAUGCACCCGGUCUUCGUCACCAUCGGUAAUAUUGAUUCGGAGGUCCAUUCCAAGGCAACAUUACGAGCUUGGCGCUGCGUAGCCUAUAUUCCCAUUGUAAAGUUCCGCGUUCAUCAAGAAUACCAGUCCAUUCUCCAGGCCAGACUAUGGCAUAAAUGCAUGGACCUCGUUUUUGCAAACCUCAAGGUCGCAGCAAACGACGGCUGUUUCAUGCCCGAUCCCUCCCGCUACAUUUGUCAUGUAUUCACGCCACUCAUCGCUCACGUGUGCGACCUGCCGGAGGCUACUAUGAUCGCUGCAAUUUCAGUGAUGGAAUUCUCCACCCCCCUCUUCCAGAAAGUGGCCAAAGCCGUCAAUUUGUCUGGUGUUCACAUGCCGUACUGGCGUGAUUGGAAGUUUGCAUGUCCAUUGGUCUUCCUUGCUGGUGAGGUGCUGCACACCUGUCAUAAGUUUUUCGCAGAUCAUCCACUAAAAUGGAUCAAAGAGGCUCUAGGAAAUUAUGAGCUCGAUACUCGCUUCAUGGUCCAGUAUAAGCGGGUCGGAAUGCGCCAUUUCACGAAAGGCAUCACGCAUGUUAAUCAAAUGACAGGCCGGGAGCAUAGAGACAUCCAACGCACUAUCGUUGCGUCAAUUGCAGGGGCCAUUCCACACAGAUUCAUCCGUGCAAUCCGUUCACUCGUGGACUUCUUUUACCUCGCACAGAAUCCAGUUCACUCACCUCAAUCUCUUCAGUCAUUGGUGCAGGCGCUUUCGGAUUUCCACUCUUUCAAGGAUGCUAUCGUCCAGGCCGAGGCAAGGAAGGGGAAGAAGGGUAUCAAAGAAGAUUUUUUCAUCCCGAAACUUGAGCUUCUCCAAAGCUUUGAUGGUACAAUUAGGAAAUUGGGGACUUUGAUGCAGUUCUCUGCAGACGUGACAGAGCGGUUGCUCAUCACACAUUGUAAGAACCUUUUCCCGCGGACGUCCUGGCAAAUCAUGGAUUUUACGGAGCAAUGUGUGUGCAUUCUCAACCGCCAAGAGUCUAUGGAAAUUUUUGACCUGUACAUGCUAUUGACUUCUCAUGGGGCGUCACUGGUUAAUGCCAUACAUGCUGAAGAUGAAGAUGUCACUAUUGCCAAUCCUGCACUCUCCUGGGGUAUCCUCUCCGGAGAUGCACUCACCGCUUUUCAACUCAAUGUCACGCCCGAUUACAAAUCGCUGUCACCAUUUGACAUACGCACGAUAUAUGCACUCCUGGACUUCAAUCGUGCGCUCACUGACUUCAUUUGUCGUUCAUCCCUUGCCAGCGGUGAACAGUCCUGCUUGGACCCCAAAUCCGGACGCUUCCAUGUAUGGCACAAGUUCAGAUUGCAGCUUCACUCAGCCUUCCAGCCACGCGUCAUCAUGCCAAGCCGAGUGGUGCAAGCAUACCCCCCAAGCGAUAAUUUUCCCUUGGGAAAUUGCGAUACUGUUCUCAUUGAUGUUAUAGGUAUUGACGGCAAAACGACGAAUUACGUUGCACAAGUGCAACUCAUUUUUCAACCGACAGUCCGACGAGGUUCCAAGUUGGAACUGCCAUCUUACCUCUCUGACCCACUUCUCUACGUCCAAUUUUUCCGCUUCAUUUCUAGUCCUGAUGAUCGCCCCGAACUCGCAAUGUGGACUCUCGAGCGCGCGUACACGCAGGAUGAAAAUGGUAACCGCUGUAGGGAGGGGGCUGUCGUACGAGUGACAGAUGUGACGCAUGCAGUUGAAUUGAUACCAGUUUAUGGUGAUGCAGCGGCUAACGGUGUGUCCUCUGCGACUUGCUUGGAAAGCUACGAGCGUUUCUUUUUGAAUAACUUCACGGACAAGGAGAGUUAUCACACAUUCAGUACCGAGUUUGUGUAG